AUGAUCGCGGCAAAUGUUCCACAUCUCCCAGACGGGGACUCUCCCGACCUCAUUCUCGUUCCCGCAACGCCCGAGGAACGGAUCGCCUCGAUCAAGCUCAACAGUAUCGCCUGGAAGGGCCCAUUGGAUUUGGAAACAUACAUCACCCGUGAGGAUCACCUCCACAACCACCAGCUGGUUCGGGAUGGAGUGACCUGCUGGAUCUUGGUGGACGGCUCCGAGCCCGAGGGCGACCGCACCAUUCUCAGCUCCUGUGAGACCUAUCCCAAAAAGGCCCUGCUGGCUCACAAGGGCCAGGUGGAAGAAGUUUCUACCCACGGCAUCGGGAGUGUCUACUGCCGGCCUGAAUUCCGGGGCAAAGGGUACGCCAAGCGCAUGAUGGAGGAGCUGAGCCGGAAACUCGACACGUGGAAGAUGGAACAGCAGCCACGAGGCCGGACCUUGUUCACAAUUCUGUUCUCGGAUAUUGGGAAGAAAUUCUACGCACAGUUCGGGUGGGAGCCGUAUGCCUCCGCACACAUGGUCCUUCCGGCCCGGGCAAAGGAUGACGUGGAGGAGAAAUCGAAUGGGACGAGUGAGCACCAGGUGACGCGAGACUUGCUCGCCGAGGAUGUGAAACAGACCAUGUGCAACGACACCGUCCUAUCUACUCUGCGUGAAGAGAUGCAACGGGCAUCUCAACAGUCACAGGCCGCGCAGGUGGCGAUUCUACCGGAUUUCGACCACUAUUCAUGGCACUGGGCCCGUGAAGAAUUCUUUGUGCGGGAGCUCUACUCUGACCGAUCGCCGCCCCUGGUCAAGGGCGCGGGAAAUGACGCCGCACAAGUUUACUGCACGUGGAACCGGAACUUUGGAGAUACACCGGAGAGCAGUGUGCUCUAUAUCCUGCGAUGGGUCUACAACAAGCCCACGUCGGCGGACGAAGAGCAAGGCUUGAUUCGAGCCAUGGUGGGCAUCUUACGGCGCGCGCAACAAGAGGCCAAGGAAUGGGACUUGAGCACCGUCGAAUUCUGGAACCCGGAUCCGAUCUUGCAAAAGGCCGUGCAGGUGCUGGACCCGGAUGUGCAGGUCGAGCACCGCGAGAAGAGCAGCAUCCCAUGCCUUCGUUGGACGGGAGAUCAACACGGAUUGGGCCAGGACGUAGAAUGGGUGUUGAAUGAGAAGUAUGCCUGGUGCUAA